CUUCAAAAUGGCGGCGUUCAAUCGGAGGUUUCACUUCGGCACAGUUUUAACGUGAAAUAGUCUCAUUUACACGGGCAAAUUUGCUUAAAGCUUGCUGUAAUCAGUAACAGAUAUAUUUGUGAGAACAUAUUUGUCUAUUUUUUCCUGCAAGUCGAGCAGAAUGGCGGCAACACCAAAACAAUUCAACUUGGAUCUAGACCGUUUUAUCAAACCUUCAUUGACUUGUGAAUAUGCUUCUGGUUUAGUCAAACAGUUGUACAACAUUAUCGUGGAUACCAUAAAACAACUAGACAGCUACUUUGAUCAGAAUUUCUACAUUACUGUCAUACCGGAGAAUGGAGAUAAGAAAGAGUAUGUUUUGAAGAUUGUGAAUGCACAUCAUUCACAGGACGUUUGCUUCCUUGAUGCACAAAUUAGAAUGAUGAUUUUCCUGAAUGAAAAGGGAUUGAAGUGUCCCCAUCCUUUGUUGCAGUUGAAUGGUGAAUAUGCCAGUCUGCAAAACAUUAACGGAGAAAAAGGUACUUUUGAUCACAUGGUGUUAUUGCUUGGAUAUGUACCUGGUGAAACUCUCAGCACUGUAGAUAUAACAUUUGAUUUGUUUUACUUAGUUGGUCAACAUCUUGGUGCUGUUGAUGUUGCUCUGAAGGAGUUUCAACAUGAAGGCUUGAGCACCUCAGGCUUUAUUUUUAGCCUUGAUGCUGUACCACCACUGAAGGAAUAUAUCAACAUGUUUAAGGAAGAGGAAAAAAAAAGAGUCCUGCAAUAUUUUAUCAGUGCAUUUGAAGAAAAUGUUGUCCCGAACUAUUCAAAGCUUACGAGAGGCAGUAUUCAUGGAGACUUCAAUGAAUUCAACAUACUGGUGGCCAUGAACGAUUGUGGAAAAAACCCGAUAAGAUCAGAAAGCUACAGCUACAAAGUGUGUGGUCUGAUAGAUUUUGGUGAUAUCCAAGACAACUAUUAUAUUUUUGAGAUUUCCGUGACUAUUGCACAUCUGAUGCAGCAUAACAAAGACUCCAUUACUGCUGCUGGGCAAAUUCUUGCUGGCUAUCUUUCAAUGUUUCCAUUGACUGACUUAGAGAAGGAUCUGGUAUUUUACUGUGUAGCAGCAAGACUUUGUCAGUUGAUGAUUAUUGGCAUGUAUACAUACACUCAGAACCCAAACAACAAAUAUAUAUUGUUAACCAGUCAGCUUGCAUGGAGAGCAUUAGAGCUAUUACAUCGUACAUCAAAAGAAAAAGUUGAUAAAAUGUGGAGUCAGUUAGAGUUAUCUAAGGCAACAAAAGCACUGUGUGAUUGA